AUGUCUAAAAGAAUACUGAAAUUUUAAUAAACUUGGAAUUUACAGUUUGGACUCAUAUUUAAGGAAUGUGUUAUUGAUUAAGUAUUGACUUUAUAUUUAUUCGAGAGAUUUCAAUUAGAGGCGUUGGUAACUUACAGAAAUGA